ACUGUGAAGGCGCAACACUCCAACAUACCUUGCCAUUUGCCCAGCUUCCUCUGGUGUGUUUGUUCUUCCUCGACUUUUCGUUUCCAAAGAUUAUAACAUGGGAGAUAGGUUGCGUUUGGCUGUGGGAAUUAUGGGGAAUGCCGCCUCCAUGUUACUCUAUGCUGCUCCUAUAUUGACUUUUUCUCGAGUCAUGAGAAAGAGAAGUACUGAAGAGUUUUCUUGCAUUCCAUACACCAUUGCGUUAUUGAACUGUUUCCUCUAUACAUGGUACGGCUUGCCGGUUGUGAGUAAUGGCUGGGAAAACGUCCCUGUGGUCACGAUCAAUGGCUUAGGAAUUCUUUUGGAGCUCUCCUUCGUAUUCAUAUACUUCUGUUUUGCCCCCGCAAAUGCCAAGAAGAAGGUUGCAAUGUUAACAACAUCAGUUAUCCUUGGAUUCUGCGUCAUUGCUUUACUAUCAGUCUUUGCAUUUCACGAUCAUUCCCACCGAAAGAUACUCGUAGGAACCAUUGGAUUGAUAGCAUCAGUGGCAAUGUAUGGUUCUCCUCUGGUGGUUGUGAAACAAGUGAUACAAACCAAGAGCGUUGAAUUUAUGCCGUUCUACUUGUCCCUUUUCUCGUUUCUUGCCAGUUCCCUUUGGAUGACUUACGGAUUACUGAGCCAUGAUCUUUUCCUCGCGUCCCCAAAUCUGGUUGGCAGCCCUUUAGGCAUCUUUCAGCUUUUGCUCUACUGCAAGUACAGGAAAAAUGGAUUCAUGGAAGAAGCAUUGAAACGGGAUGCAGCAAAAGGAUGGCGAAAAAGUGAAGCGACAGAUGUUGAGAAGCCAAAAGAGCAACUCCAUGCAGCUUCUGCUCAGUGAGGUUGCCGAGUCCAAGAUAUGAAAUUAAUCUACUGCUACUUCUCCCUGAAUAAGGGCUAUGUGAAAUUCAGUUCAAAUGUUAAGGAUUCAAGAAUUUUGUACCGCUUGUCCAUAAAGUUUACUAAACUACUAAGAAGAUGAUGACUGUGUA